AUGUCUGUAUCUAGUAAAGACGGCGUGUCUGCGAUGGACAUACCAUCAGAUGCUGUCGCCGUCGUGGGCAUGGCCUGCAAAUUCCCUGGUGCAGAGACACUUGACGAAUAUUGGAGCAUCUUGGAUGCGGGAGAAUCAAUGCUGAAAGAUCCUCCCAACAACCAUCUGCCAACACACAAUCAUCCGCGUAGCACCGAGAAAUCGGUGUUUCACAGCAACUUCCUCAAAGAUAAUUCAAGUUUUGACAAUCGCUUCUUCAAAAAGUCCAGCCGCGAGGCAGCUUCGAUGGACCCGCAACAACGACUUCUGCUCGAAGUGUCAUAUCAAGCAUUAGAGUCUUCCGGCUUCUUUGGGCCACGUCAGCCUGACCUGGACGUUGGCUGCUACAUAGGAGUAUGUGCAUCCGACUACAACGACAACGUCGCGAGCCACCCACCGAACGCUUUCUCGGCACUAGGCACGCUGAGAGCCUUUGCUCCAGGAAGAGUCAGUCACUUCUUUGGGCUGAGGGGACCCUCGAUUGCCUUGGAUACGGCAUGUUCUUCUUCAGCGGUCGCUAUAGAUGCCGCUUGCAAGGCUAUACUUCAUGGAGAUUGCAGAAGCGCGAUUGCGGGUGGUGUCUCGGUUUUCUCCAGUCCAUUCUUUUACCAGAACCUUGCUGCAGCGUCCUUCCUCAGUCCCACUGGUGCGAGUAAGUCAUUCGAUGCUCGCGCCGAUGGGUACUGUCGUGGAGAAGGCGUGGGGCUUGUUGUUUUGAAGCGGCUUGCAGACGCCAUCUCGGACGGGGAUACUGUGUUGGGAACCAUUCUCGCCACUUCGGUUAGACAAAGCAGCAACAAAGUCCCCAUCACCGUCCCGUAUAGCUCGUCGCAAACAGCAUUGUACCGAAAGCUUCUUGACUCGGCCGGUAUUGUUGCUGAAGAUGUCACUUUCGUCGAGGCUCAUGGUACAGGCACGCCUGUCGGUGACCCUCUUGAGUACGAGGCUAUCAAAGAAGUGUUUGCCAAGAAACCAAGACAAGAACCUCUAUACUUCGCAUCCGUCAAGGGAAAUAUUGGACACACAGAGGGUGCUUCGGGAGUUGCUGGGUUGAUCAAAACGAUCCUUAUGAUGCAGAAUCGUUCGAUACCCAGGCAAGCCAAUUUCGUGUCGCCACACCCCAAGAUCUCACUUGUUCCAGGCCGCAUUGCUAUACCCACGGCAACUAUUCCCUGGACUGCAGACAGAAUGAUUGCAUGCGUGAACAACUAUGGGGCGGCAGGUAGCAUCGCCGCCAUGCUUGUCAGCGAACCACCUCGCAAGAGUGUCAAGCAGAUUCACGGUAGACUCCAUGAAAAAGUCCAAUACCCUCUACUCAUCACUGGUAAUAGUCCCAAGAGUCUUGGUGAUAACUGUGCCAGUGUUAGAGACUAUGCACUAUCAAUGAGCAGCAAAGUCGGUUCAAGCGAGAACAUCAUAGCAGAUCUCACUUUCAACCUGAGUGAUAGGCAGAACCGAGCAUUGCCUUAUAUGUUCACAACUACCAUUUCCAACUUGUCGGAGCUGGAUGAACAACUUCGUACUGCUGCAUUCAACCCCAACUCUUCCCUUUAUCAGAACAACCUCAAGCCGAAUCCGACUGUCCUUGUAUUCGGUGGCCAGAUCGGUCGGUCUGUGGAUCUCAGCAAGCACGUUUUUGAGAGUUCAGGUCUGCUCCAAAAGUACCUUGACCAGUGCGACGGUAUACUGAAAGGGCUGGGGUCUCGAGGCAUCUACCCCGACAUAUUCGAGAACAAGCAAGCAGACGAUGUGGUGAUGCUUCAGACGAUGCAAUUUUCAUUGCAAUACGCGUGUGCACAGUCAUGGAUUGCCUGCGGGUUGAAUGUAGAUUGCAUUGUCGGUCAUUCCUUUGGCCAACUGGUUGCCUUGACAGUCUCCGGUGUCCUUUCCCUAGCAGAUGGCCUCAAGUUUGUACAUGGACGCGCUGUCUUGAUGCGCGAGAGAUGGGGCUCUGAAAAGGGCUCCAUGGUAGCCAUUGAGGCCGAUCGCGCUGACAUUGAGGCACUAGUCGCAUCUGUGCGAGGUGUCGAAGUGGCCUGCUUCAACGGCCCAAGAAGCCAAGUUCUGGUUGGAUCUUCUUCUGACAUUUCCAAUGUUGUCGCGGCAAUGACAAAGUCGAGCAUGAGUGCCAAGGCAAAGAUUCUAGAUGUUACCCACGGUUUCCAUUCCAGAUUCUGCGAUCCUAUUCUCCCUGAAUUGGAGAGACUGGCAAAUGGUUUGACAUUUAAUCAACCACGAAUCCACCUAGAGACAAGUUCUGUCAAUGGCACUUGGCCAAUCGCUACAUCAAAGUUGUUGGCAGAUCACACUCGCAGUCCUGUGUAUUUCGAGGAUGCAGUCAAACGCAUCGAACAACGAUUUGGGUCGUGUACAUGGCUGGAAGCAGGUUCCAACACACUAGUCACCAACAUGGCGCGUCGUGCGUUGAAUGACCAGAAGGAGAAAAUGAGCAGCCAUGUCUUCUUCCCCAUCAACUUGAGUCGUGAUGGUGCUCUGGGCGCACUGGCUGAAACAACCACGAAUCUAUGGAAACAAGGGCACCACGUCCAAUACUGGCCAUUCCACCACCAGAAUGGUGGGUCCUAUCAGGUUAUGAACUUGCCUCCAUAUCAGUUUGAAAAGGCGCAGCAUUGGUUGGACUUUGACUUCCCGUCGGCUGCAGCGCCUGAACCAGUUCAAGAUAAGCUGGACGCAUCUCAGGUCGAGACUGUGAAGUCAGAGCCGGAGCCAGAGCCGGAGCUGAUAAGCUUCGCUGGAUUCGGAGAUGCUGAUGCAGCCCAUGAGGGGCAGAAACGCGCUAUUUUCAUCAUUGAUCCCCGUGUUGAAGAAUGGAAGGCCCUCGUCAGCGGCCACUCGGUGUUACAGGAGCCUCUCUGUCCGGCACCACUGUACAUUGAGUUGGUGCUUCAAGCAGCCAAGCAGCUUGCGGCAAUUCAGAAUAUCCCUUCUGUUCCCUUCAGCCGUGUUGAAGAUCUUGAGAUGCCUUCACCUUUGGGCAUGAGCCAAGAUAAAAUCAUACAACUUGUUUUCACGCCGACCGACCACACGGGUUGCAAGUACACCUUUUCUUUCCACGCACAGCCACGCCACGCAAACUCACGGAAAGAAGCAUUGUUUUCGAUACCAAAGGGCGCAACUACACACGCAUCCGGAAAAGUCGAAAUCCUUUUGACCAACGACAAUACUGUCACGUCUGAGUUUGAGAGAACCAGGAAGCUCUUGGAACGAAUGCGCCCAGACCAGAAUGAGGUCGGAGAUGCGAGCAGCCAGGCCGUCAGUGGCCCACUUGUAUACAAGCUCUUCUCCAGUGUUGUGCAGUACCAUGAUUUCUACCAGUGCGUCCGCAGCCUCAACAGCACCGGCGAUGGCUCAGUCUUGGCACAUGUGUCGCAACCUCAAUCUGGACCUAGCUGCAUUCAGUCGCUUCUGUCUAUGCCGUUGGCAAUUGACAACUUCUUCCAGGUCCCUGGAAUCUAUGCAAACUGCCUUGCACCUUGUCCGUCAUCUGAAGUCUUUGUAUCCACGCACGUCGAUCGCAUUCAGAUUUCGCCUGAUUUCGCCAACUUACGAGCCGAGGAAAAUGGCCAAGGCUGGGACGUCUUUGCCAUGUCGACAGCUUUGAACGACAAAGAAAUCACCAAUGACAUUUUUGUCACUGAAAAAGCCACUGGCAAACUCAUUUUCAUCGCUUUCGGGGCAAAGUUUACCAGGGUACGAAUUGCGGCCCUGGCCAAGAUUCUAUCACGAGCCAACUCUGGCGAAGUCGCACCAAGCACUGCAGCGAAAUUGCCUCCAAAAGCCCGUGUGGAAUUUGUACAAGCUGCACCAACGGUACCUCAGGUGCAGCGUGCCGUGCCGGUUGUCUCUUCAGAGACUCCACAGCACACCGCCACCCCAGUGCCUCAGCAGCAGCCAAAGCAACACCCAUCGACGAAUGGAAGCGUGUCUCUCGCACCGCCCGUGUCGAUCAUUCCGGCUCCUAGCACCGCCAUUCCUAGGAAAUCCCGAGUGGAAGGCGACCUUCGAGAAAUGCUCAGCAAGAUGACAGAUGUUCCUGCCGACGAUAUCAAGGAUGAUAUCUUAUUGAUAGACCUCGGUGUUGACUCACUGAUGGCCACGGAGGUGCUAUCAGAUAUUCAGAAAAUCUUCAACAUUUCGAUCUCACCGGAUCUUCUUCAGGAACUGCAAACAUUCGCAUCUUUGCGUCGUUACCUUGAUGGCCAGAUGAGCGGACCAGAAUCCGAUAACCAUCUGCCGGUUGUGGUGCCUUGGCAAACACCAAUCGUCCCUGCUGUAUCACCAAACGCAACACUCGCACCUGAGAUCGCCAGUCAAGAAGCAGAAGUGGACGAUCGAACCGAGAAAUCCUCAGUUGAAUACGAGAGUUCCACCAGAGACUCCGAUCAGGAACAGGAUUUGACCGCACGGCUGGCAGACUUAUUGAGUACGCACCUCGAGGUCCCAGUCGACGAGCUGGUAGCCUCACCUAAUCUUGUGGACUUGGGUCUUGACUCGCUCCUCUGCAUGGAGCUUAUGAGCGACAUUGAUAAGGACUUGGGCGUCUCAAUUGAUCUUUCGGAUCUCACGGGCGACGUCAACUUCGGCCACCUUGUCGACAAGCUUGUUGGUGAGCUCAGAACUACCAAGACAACCACUUCAAGCACACCCAAGUCAACAAAUACCUUCUCUUCCGGUGUCUCGACGCCACUUACCUCAUCGCAAAGUGGCUCAGACGACGAGAGAGAUGUUAUGCCAACAAAGACUCAGGCACCGCGUAUCUCGAUGAAUGGGCCCCUUGCAAGUGCAGCCGACGCAUUUGAGAGCAUCAAAGGCGACUAUGAUGAACAGGCAAAGCAUUACAAAUUCAUUGACUUUUACACUUCAGUGUACGGGAAACAAUCAGAGUUGGUGCUGGCCUACGUCGUAGAGGCAUUCUUGGAUCUUGGCGUCGAUUUGAAGACAUUGAGAGCCGGGGACAGAAUCCCUGCAAUCAGUACUGUGCCAAAGCAUGGUCGUAUGAUUGAUGUCUUCCACAGAAUUCUGCACCAGGCUAAAGUCGCUGAUUACAAUGGCGAAGCCUACUUCCGAUCGGAGGUACCCAUCAACCUAGCUCACUCCAGCGUCCUGUCGAGAGAGAUCAUAGCAGAGUUUCCUCAGCAUGCCAAAGAACAUAUGCUACUUGAUCUUUGCGGACCUAAUCUGGCCAAAUUCCUGACCGGCACCAUGGAUCCCCUCGCAGUUUUGUUUGGCAAUAAAGCAAAUCGGACAAUUGUAGAAGACGUCUAUGCUGAGGCCCCCAUGUUUGUCAUCAUGUCACAGCUUCUCACCUCGUUCCUCGAGAAGACUCUCAGCACAUCAACGCCCGGACCCAAUGGCAAGUUCAAGAUCGUUGAGUUGGGAGCAGGGACGGGCGCGACCACUCGUUGUGUUGUGGACCGUCUUGUCCAGCGGGGUAUCCCCAUCGAAUACACCUUCACCGAUAUCUCGCCUUCGCUGGUGUUGGGAAGCAAGCGCAAAUUCACAAAAUUCGACUGCAUGAAAUUUGGAACUAUAGACAUCGAGAAGGAACCUCCAGCUGAAUAUCUCGGGCAAUUCGAUAUUGUGCUUGCAACCAACUGCAUCCAUGCCACAAGCAGUCUUCCCAACUCUCUUGCCAACAUCAACAAGCUUUUGCGCCCCCACGGCUUCGUAUCGCUUGUGGAACUGACCACUAGAAACUUCUGGUUAGACCUUGUUUUUGGUCUUCUGGAUGGAUGGUGGCUUUAUGAUGAUAACCGUCCUUAUGUGCUCGCCACCCCGGAGUUCUGGGACCACACAAUGCGAGACAAGGGAUUCCAGCACGUUUCAUGGACUGGCGGGCACUCACGAGAGUCCGAGGCCGUCAGAGUCAUCACAGGUUUCAAACAACCUGUCCAGGAUCCGUCGUCCUACAAAAGCACGCCUCAGGGAGUAAAUGGCGGUACGGAAACGGUAGUCUUUAAGCAUACUGACAAGAGACUUCCGUUACGGGCGGACGUGUAUUACCCCUCGGCAUCCCAGGCAACUGUUCACAAGACCUGGGUUCCUGGUCUGUUGGUUCACGGAGGCGGCCACGUGAUGCUAUCGCGUCAGGACUUGCGACCGCGACAGAUUCAGCUGCUUCUCGACAAUGGUGUGUUGCCGGUGGCCGUGGACUAUAGGCUGUGUCCGGAGACGACUAUUCUGGAAGGACCGCUUGUUGACGUCAAUGAUGCAUACGUCUGGCUUCGAAAAGCUCUGCCAUCUCUAAAGCUGAUGCAGACUGAUAUCAACAAAAAGCUAGACUCUACUCGGGCUGUCGUCAUUGGGUGGUCGACCGGUGGAACACUGGCCAUGUCCUUGUCGUGGACUUCACUUCCACGAGGGAUCUCUCCUCCCGAUGCAAUUCUUGCAUUCUACUGCCCAACCGACUACCAAGACGAGUUUUGGACGAAGCCUAAUAUUCCGGAGCAUUCCGAUGCUUUUGCUAAAGAAAAGUACAACGUGAUUGAAGGCGUCUUCCCAAGUCCCAUCACUGCGUACAAUGUACCCCCAACCACCGGAUCGGCAGCGGGCUGGAUUGCACCCAAAGACAAACGCAGCCGGGUGGUUCUUCACAUGAACUGGUAUGGCCAGACGCUUCCCGUGCUGUUCAAGGGUCUACCGUCAGCAUCCGCCGUCGCUACACACGAUGCAGCUCAAUUCAAUCAUCUGGAGCAGCCGCCCGUUGAGGACAUUGUCAAAGCUAGCCCAUAUGCACAGAUCAUUCGCGGAAACUACAGGUCUCCCACUCACGUGAUCUUCGGCACGGGCGACGAUCUCAUCCCGUGGAAGCAAGCUCAGCGGACUGUGGAUGCAAUGAGGGAGUCGGGUAUCGACUGCGGAUUGACUCUUGCUCCCGACCAGCCGCACUUGUUCGACAUGUAUCGUGACUCGGAUGGAUCACGAUGGGGUUAUGUUAUGGAAGGAUACAAUUUCCUAUUUUCCAGAAUUGGGAGAGGAGAAGCAUGA